AUGCAAAUGCACGCUAUGAACCAAUACCGAGGAUUUGGAGGUCCACCUCAACCCCAAAGACAAGGCGGCCGUCGGGGCAAUAAUCGAGGCGGAUUCCGCAAUUCCCGCUUUGAGCAUAAUCAAAACCAGCGAGGGCAUAACUUCCACGGAGGUCAACGUCCCCACAUUGAGCCUGUAAAACAAGGGCCCCAAAAUGAACCGCCACCACAGCAACCACAACCGCAACCUCAGCAGGAGAAGAAAGAAUCCUCUCCUCAACAGAAUCCACAGACUCCACAACAGCAAGCUCCAAAGCCCCAGCCACCUCAACAAAAGCCGUUGCAACAGCAACCAACUCAAAAGCCACCUCAAAAUCCAGCACAACCUCAACAGACGCCAUCUCAACCGCCAGUUAAACCUGAGUCUCAAGACCAUGUUGAUAAAGCUGCUCCGGAACAGAGACCUCAAAACCAAAAUCAAAACCAGGGUCCUUAUCAAAAGGGUCAAAUAGCUAGACUGAUGGACAUUAAGCAGGAGCAAGGUCCCAAUAAUGUCAAUGGCAACUUUGGUGCUAACAAACAGGGUGGUUGGAGUCAGGGAGGGCAGGGUAAUAAGCCAGGGGGUAAUUUUGGUCCAAAAGGCGGUAAUUUUGGUCCGAAACAACAACAAGGGCAGGGCCCAGCUCGUAACCAGCAGAGGAAUAACAUGGGCCGUGGACCUCAAGAUGGAGGGAAGCCACAACAAAGAGAAUUCUCACAGGAACAAAUGCUUGCUAAUAAACUCAAAGAUCUGGUGGGCCCAUUGAAUGACAUACCUCCUAUUGAACAACCGGAGGUCAAAUUUAAUGGCAGAAGUCGUUUAUAUAUUGGUAAUCUUACAAACGAUGUUACCGAAGAGGAAAUAUUAAACAUGUUUGGUCAGUUUGGUGAGACAGCUGAACUGUUUUUGAACAAAGAGAAGAACUUUGGAUUUAUAAAAAUGGAUUAUAGAGUGAAUGCUGAAAAAGCUAAACGUGAGAUUGACGGCAGAAUGAGAAAUGGCAGAAACAUCAGAGUAAGAUUUGCACCACACAACAGUGCCGUGCGCGUUAAGAACCUGCCGCCGUUUGUAUCGAAUGAGUUACUGUACAAGGCAUUUGAAAUAUUUGGCAAGAUUGAGAGAGCCUAUGUCAAAGUUGAUGACAGAGGAAAAACUCUUGGUGAGGGCAUUGUAGAGUUCGCCAGAAAGCCCAGUGCAUUAGGCGCCAUCCGUAACUGCACUGAAAGAUGCUUCUUUUUAACUUCAUCUUUGCGUCCCGUCAUUGUGGAGAGUUUGGAGGAACCUGAUGAAUUUGAUGGCUAUCCUGAGAAGAAUUUACCAAAGAAACAUCCAGAAUUCUUACGCGCCAGAGAAAUGGGCCCACGCUUCUCCGAGCCUGGUAGUUUCGAGCAUGAGUAUGGUACCAGGUGGAAGCAACUCCAUGAACUACACAGACAGAAGGAGGAGGCUCUGAAGAAGGAACUGGCUGCCGAGGAGGAGAAGCUUGAAGCACAGAUGGAGUAUGCUAAAUACGAACAUGAGACGGAGCUGCUCCGCGAACAGCUGCGGCAGAGGGAGCAGGACCGAGAGAGGCAGAAGAGGAGCUGGGAGAUGGCGGAGAGGGCCGCGGACGAGAGGAGGGAGGCGGAGCGGGCGCAGCUGUUGAGGCAGGAGGAGGAGCUCAGCAACCGGAUGAGGCUGCAGGACGACGAGCUGCGGAGGAGGCAGCAGGAGAACACGCUGUUUGUACAGGCUCAGAGGUUGAAUUCGAUGCUGGAUCGUCAAGAGCAAGGCAUGUUCGACCACCAGCAGCCUAUGGAUGGAGGCUUCAGAGAGCAGUUCGACAUGCCACGUGGAGGGUAUGAGGAGAUGGCACAGAAUCGCGGUUGGGACGGACCGCGCCAAAUGGAUGAUUUUCCUAAUAAAAGACGUCGAUUCUAA